AUGCGCCUCCUAACGCGCCUGCUCGCGCCCACCCUCGUGAUUUUCCACACAUCUCUGGCGGCACUCUACUACCCCGACCCUGAGACCGCGUUCCUCGAGCACAUCCUCGUCGACAACUGGGGCGCUUACGCCUCCAACUUCUCGGCCGCCAUCACGCCCUGCAGCAACUAUGUGACCGAGGUCGGCGAGCCCGCGGUCAACAGCGGGCGCACGACGGCGGCGCAGUGGAUGCGGGUUGCGUUCCACGAUUUCGUCACCGCGGACGUCGAGGCUGGGACCGGCGGCAUCGAUGCCAGCAUUGGCUUCGAGACGGAGAGGGGGGAGAACUCUGGCAGUGCUUUUAACGACAGUUUCACGUUCUGGGCGCCGUUUGUGAACGAUGCUGUAUCUAUGGCGGAUCUCGUUGCGAUAGGAACUGUCAUGUCCAUGGGCCUAUGCGGCGGGCAAGAAGUCCCCUACCGGCCGGGGAGAAUCGAUGCACUGCAGGCGGACCCUACAACAGGCGUGCCGGCGCCUGAGACUAAUCUUGAGGAGACAAUGGCCUUUUUUGAGAGGGCUGGGUUCAACCAGGCCGACUCCAUCGGGCUGACGGCGUGCGGCCAUACUAUGGGGUCAGUUCACCAUGGUGGGUUCCCAGAUGUCGUCCCAGAGUCUGCCGUGACCCCAAACAACACGAACGGCGGAUCAAAUUUCGACACGACGCGCUCGGCGUUCGACGCCAAGGUCGUCCACGAGUACAUCGACUGGACGGGCAACAGAGGCGGGCCGCUCGUCACAACAGACAACAUCACGACCCGCUCUGACCUGCGGUUGUACGAGAGCGACGGUAACGCCACGAUGCAGUCGUUGUACGACAUGGGUGACGCAUUUCUCGGCACCUGCGUCGACCUGAUGGGCCGUAUGAUAAACACCGUGCCGGCAGGUGUUGAGUUGGGACCGCCCAUGUCGCCAAUGGAAGUGAAGCCUGUCAACGUCACCUUCGACCUCGACGGCCAAGGAAAUCUGUAUAUCUCGGGCAAGAUUCGUGUCCUUACCCAAACAAGCGAUACCCCAUCGCCUAUCCAGGUCUCCCUAGUUGCAGACGAUGGCGACUCUGCCCCUAUAACACUGGACCCCGAGGGAGAGACGGGGAGUUCAGUAUACGGAAACACCCAGUACUACUCAUUUUCACUCCCGGCCGACCAAAACAACACGUACACCACCCUGAGAGUCGAUUGGGGCACAGCAUCGUCCGCGUCUUUCCCACUGCAGAACAACGUCUUCGUAGUGCCCAGCCAGACAACCAUCAAUGGGACCAAGGUGGACAUCACUGUGGCCGUCAGGCCGGGUCAAGCGUCCUCGCCGGCCAACGUCGUCGUCACCGCCCCUGUGCGGCAGCAGGGGACACUGGCGCCCAAGAUUACCGAGCACGACGUGAAAUUGGCCGGAACGGGCACGACGGGUUCUGGUGGCUACCAGCUGUGGACAGGCUCGGUGGACCUGGGCAUCAUCGACACGUCCAUCACGGGGGCGGUCGGGGUAAAGAUCGAUGCGACAGGCGAGGGCGGCGCGGUGCGUGAUGUUUUGUACCUGAGCGCUGGGGUUGCCGCAUGGUAA